AUGGCUGAAGAAUGGAACGAAAACGGGAGCCAAGCCUACCGAGAGGGUAAUCUCGCGAGGGCUAAAGAAUUCUACCAAAAAGCAGCUCGGAUCGGGAGCAAACACGCCAGCACCGAGCCCAAGUAUUUCUCGAAUCUUAGCGCGGUUCUCUUUGAGCUAGGAGAGUACGAGGAAUGUAUGAAAGCUAUCACGAAGUCGUGGACAAUACUCAAGCACGGUGGAACUUCACUGGAGUCGAGUCCUCUGGCCAUAAAACUGGCGACGCGGUAUGCCAAAUCGUAUUAUUACGCGAGAGAACCAUCGCGUGUGAAGGUUCAUGAAGAUAUCAAGAAAUUUGCGAAAGGGGUGUCCGGCAAUGAUCAGGACGAAAAGGCAAAGGAAAUAAGCUUUUGGUGGAAGUUCAUCGAGAGUGGCGCACGUGAAUACUCACCGAGGGAAGAUGAGCUAGACCGUGCCAGGAGGACCAGUAUAUUCAAGACGAGACAGCUUCCAACCAAGGAGUUGUACCAUUUUGGACACGACGCGGUUCGCUCACUUCUCGAUGGACUAGAGCACGAUCCCUCGACCGAGAUGAAGCAAAGUGACCUGGACCCGUCAGAGAAGAAACGCCUUGCCUUCCUCUUUGGUGGAUCAGGCGAUGCCCGACAUGUCUUUGGAACAGUACUUCACGCGGCCAACUCUGGAUGGAAUAACAAAUGGCAUAUGACCCUCAUCGAGAUUCACCCAGCAACAGUGGCGAGGAACGUCCUCGUAUUCGAACUGUUCACCGAAAUCCAGGGAGCCAGAACAGAGGAAGAGAAAGACGAAUUGUUUGCUUCGCUCGUGUAUCUUUACACCUCGAUGGCCAUACCGGAUUAUUGCGUUCAGCGAUUGAUGAAAACCGCUGCUGCAGCGGCUGAGCGACUGCGGGCCUCUGCUCAAGGAGAAGGACCCGUCAUCCUUCACGGUCACCUCUCAAUCGACCGAAGUUCAGUACCCGAAAUCCUCGUCGUCCUCAAGCAGUGGUGCCAACCAAUCGAAAAGUCGGUGGCGACUAUGAUGAAAUACAACCCCGUCAUUAAGGAGCCUGUGGGGGAGAAGCUGACAGAGAGGUUGGAACAAUUUGACGCCAUGUUCAGAGGGCAGGUUGGGUUUGAUCCCAACGAGGAUACUGAACUCGAGCGACGUUUAAUCGACGAAACGAGGGCCUUGAUUCCACCUGCCACGUUGAUAAACCGACACCCGGCGUUUCUCAAACUACAUACCACGCGAAAGCCAACGCUCAAGGCAGUACGGGAAGAAGUGCUGAAGACUUGGAAACCGAACUUUGCUCUAUUUCAAAAUGUAACGACGUAUGGACAGCGGCUGGGCCUUUUCGACGAGGGUUAUCCUGAGAACGACCAAAAUCCUCAGGACAACCUCUCUAGUUUCUUCUACAUGUGUAUCCGCUUUUCGAAGCACCACCAGAUGAUGGAACUCAUGAGCGUUCCGAGGACUGUUUUCUACGUUUUCAAACAGUUCUUCAUUCGCGUCAUUGCAGCAUUGCGUGCCCUCAGAGGUAAGCUUGUGGUGGAGAUCGCGGUGGACGAUGUGAUCACGGGUCUUCCGAGGAUAUUCGCGGAUUCAUCGAGGCCAAAGACUUAUCCCAACAAAUUUACGAGGAUGUGGUUGAGCAAUGUUCCGGAUUACACAGGAGGAACCUUGAACAACGCCGUCUUCCUCAUCCCGCACCUUCAUCGGUCGAAGUCCAAUAUGAUCAUGUCCAAUAUCCUUCUAAACACCAGUGCGUUCACUGUGGUGCCAGAGGUUACGUACAACUACGUGCUCCUUGAGGAGAAGGACCUCCAGCGCUUCCUUGGUUGCCGACACAUGCAGCCAACAGCAGAAUUCAGCGCGUGGCGCGAUCUGGCACUUGUUGCCGACAUGGACGGAGCCCGCGAUGCCUCAGCAUUGCCGUCCAAGGCGGAGCUCCAUGCCUGGCUCUCGCACCUACUCCUUUCGACCGUCAAACCAGCGCACGCCCUGGGAGCACCCAGACGAGUUGACCAACCCAACAACCUUGCAGCUUUCGUUCACCUUCUCAUCUAUCUCCACGAACACAUGGCGUUUCCGGCGCACUGGCUGGCUGAUUUCGUCGCAGCGGUGUUUGAUAACUGCUUGGUCACAGCCAAGAAGCCUUACUGUGGGUUCUUGCCGAUUCCUCUUUCGCAUGCGAAGGAUGUCAAGGCCAAACCAGAGAAAGUGAAUUUGGAGUUCUGGAAAAGCGACUUGCGGCUUGUGUUCUCGGAUUUGCACCCCCUUGUUCGCUUUCCCAUUCGGCACAUUCUCCCCGACGACCGAGUUCUCCAAGACGCCGACAUGGUCCACCUCAAGACGCGCGUUACGGAGAAUAUCGGCGCGUAUAUCCCACCGCCACACAGUGAUAUGUCUUUUGUCAAUGCGAUUGGACUAGCCUUUUACAAACUGCGCAAGAACGCCAGCAUCAAAUCUAUCCUGGCGGAACGUGGCUUACUGAAGGCUCUGAACAUGAGCAAGGAGGAAGUGGAAAGGACCAUGGGAUCUGUCCAGAUUAUGCUGUCGGAAGGGUACAUCGAUGUGAUUGAAGACGAGUGCAAGACCUGGCGGUGGGAGGACAAGAGGCUGAUGCCUCCUGCGUUCAUUAAUUGGAGGAUGGCCAAGGAAGAUUACGAGAAGAUGCGUAGGGAGAAGUGGGAGAUGGUUCUGUAUAGAACAGAUGUUGGACUCGUUAUGACUGAACCGGCGAGGGCGAGCGACUGGAUCGCCGUCGAGACGUGA